UUUGAGCGUUCUAUUUGACAAUUCAAACGCUAUAUUUUCACCUAUAAUUACCUAAAUUAAUUGUGUUGAUUGAUUGAUUGAUAUAAAUAAACUUUUAGGAUUUCCAAAAGCAAAGAUUGAGUUUCUGAUAGCUUUGCAACUCUCUGGCUUUCGUUAAUCCUUCGGAUUAGCCACUUCAGGGUUGACCAUAAUGCAAUACAGUUUUGGCGUUUCUGUUGUGAGUCACUGAAGUCAACUCUUUGCGGCUUCUCCUUUGGUGAUUCUGAAACUGCUCCGAGGAGAUCGCGAACAGAAUGGGUUCACCUACGCGCAGCUCAAACACCAGAAGAGGAAAUGAAAUGAUGAGGCUUCUUGUGACAACCAUUGCUGGAGUUGUGAUUGGUAUUUUCUUAGGCGUAUCAUUUCCUACACUUACAUUGACCAAGCUGAACUUACCUUCUAAUCUUUUUGGAAUAAUUAAUCUCACUUGCAUUGAGGAGAAGUAUUCAGGCCUCUCAACCCAAGAUCUAUUAAAUGUAUUGUCUUCCCUUAGGAGCCACAGAGGCCAUUCACACAACCAAGGGCAUUCCGACACAAAGAUUUGGGUUCCAUCAAACCCUCGAGGUGCUGAGAGUCUACCAGCGGAUAUCGUUGCAUCUGAAUCUGAUCUUUAUCCUCGAAGGUUGUGGGGCCUACCCCGUGAGGACUUGAUUAUCAAACCUAGGUAUCUUGUUUGCUUUACAGUUGGCUUCGAGCAGAAAAAUAACAUUGAUGCGGCAGUGAAAAAGUUUUCAGAGAAUUUUACCUUUCUGUUGUUUCACUAUGAUGGUCGAACAAGUGAAUGGGAUGACCUUGAGUGGUCAAAGUGGGCUAUCCAUGUUAGUACACGAAAACAAACUAAAUGGUGGUACGCAAAACGCUUUCUGCAUCCGGACAUUGUAGCACCCUAUGACUAUAUAUUUAUCUGGGAUGAAGACUUGGGCCUUGAGAAUUUUGAUGCAGAGGAAUAUAUAAAGUUGGUGAGGCAACAUGGGUUGGAUAUUUCACAGCCUGGUGUAGCAUCAAACAGUGUGUUGUCAUGGUGGAUGACAAAAAGACGAAAUGACACUGACGUCCACAAGGAAACACAGGAAAGACCUGGCUGGUGCACUGAUCCGCACUUGCCACCAUGUGCAGGAUUUGUUGAGAUCAUGGCACCUGUUUUCUCUAGGGAUGCAUGGCGGUGUGUUUGGUAUAUGAUCCAGAAUGACUUGGUCCAUGGAUGGGGUCUCGAUUUAGCUCUCAGGAAAUGUGUGGAACCAGCCCAUGAAAAGAUAGGAGUGGUAGAUUCUCAGUGGAUUGUGCAUCAAACUGUCCCUUCACUCGGGAACCAGCUUCUUUCAACAGGGACAAGCAGAGAAAGGCAAAGCACCAUGGGAAGGGGUAAGAGAAAGGUGUAAAAGAGAGUGGACAAUGUUCAAGGAGCGUUUGGCUGCUGCAGAGAAAGAUUAUUACUACAAGGGCAAAGGGAAUUGAUCCCCUUAAUUCUGAAUCUCAUUAGGCAAAAUGUCAUCUGAUUAGGAUGCCAAACACUUCUUUAUGGAUUUAAGUUAUAUACAUCGACGUAUAUAUUGUUUUACACCAUCAAAAGCAGUUAGUUACCAAUUAAUGCGUAUCACAUAGAUUUACUUGUAAUUAACUAUUAAUAACCUGAUUAUUUUGUGCACUGUCAAUGCAAGUAAGUUUAAAAUUA